CUAUAUUGAUAUCUCCUCAUAAAAUUGAUAAAAUUCGCUCAAAACAAAAGUUUUAUAUCACGCAAAAGAUAAUGGAUAAGAUGCAUUGUUCUAUCAAUCAUAGUUGCAUUUUUCCACUAAUACAUUGUGUAGCGCGUGUAAACACGAGACGAGCUACUGAUAAAACCUUGUACAUACAUCCUUUGUUAUAUCACAUCUGACAAGAAAAUGGGAAGAAACGGACGAUGGAAAUGAUAAGGCGCGAUCGUUUGCACUGCGCAACCUCCGCGGAAUUUUUGAUUGUCGCGGCGGCUCGUAUAUUUAGCGAGCUUUCGACUUCGCUAAACAGUACGUUCGAUACACGAUGAUAACUCGAGUGAUUGGAGCAGCUUCAUCGUGCAUCUAGGCAUCCGCCGAGCCCUGCACCUGAGGACUUCAGUCAGUUUCAUUUGAGAGUUAUGCCACAUAACAAUAUUCAGCUAACGUAUCGUCUUCACAAGCACCGAAGAAUUAAGAGCAGUCACUCGAUUAAAUAGCAAUAAACUUGAACAGAAAGGGAGAAACGAAAGUAUCAAAGAUCGAGCGCACUUCGUUAAUCCGUUACUUUUAUAACGUAUACAGCGACUCGAAAGGAAUUUGAUCAAGAAGAGAGGCAUUAAAGUUUUCCUUGCAUACUCUCAUAACUUCCAAAAAAGAUUGCGAGAAACAUUUGCUUUGAAUGAUCUGUUAUCUGCUACAAUAUUGAGCGUUGAAACUAAAUUUAAAACUCAACAAGUAACAGACCUUUGCAAUAUCUUAAAAAAUGAGUGUUCUGCGUCAGCUAUUAUUUGGUAAAUAUUUAUUAGUUACCAAUACCGUAAGCUGCGGCUUGAUGAUGGCGACGGGAGAUUUAAUCCAACAGCGUAGAGAGCACUGGAAAAAAUAUUGUUCCCACAAAUAUUUCCCCGGCAGCGUUAUGGCAGCAUCACCGGAAGAGACAACGGCAACUUUUAGCGCAUCUGCUUACGAUCAUGAUUAUACACGAACCAAGAAUAUGAUGGUCGUGGGGCUGCUUCAAGGCCCGUUUCAUCAUUGGUUUUACACCAUCUUAGAUAGAGUGUUGCCAGGUAAAAACGCAAAGUCGAUUCUUAAAAAAACACUUCUUGACCAGUCGAUCGCAAGUCCCGUCUGCCUGACGAUAUUUUUCAUCGGCCUCGGGGUCAUGGAGAGUCGUAAAAUCGAAGAGAUGUGGAAGGAGCUAAAACUGAAGUUUUGCGAUACGUGGAAAGUUGAUUGUUGUUUCUGGCCUCCCACACAAUGCAUCAAUUUCCUCUUUGUGCCUUUACAUUAUCGAGUACUUUAUAUAAAUCUUCUGACGACGGUCUACGACAUUUUUCUGUCAUAUAUUAAAUAUGACGCACAUUUCGAGUAAUAAGAAGAAAUCUCACGAGGCUAGUCUGGUGAAAGGAAUAUAAUAAAUUGUAUAUAUCAUAUGUGUGUUUAUUAAUAUUAUAAUAAACGUAAAAAUAUGUAAUA